AUGUUUCAUCCACCAUGCGGGGAGAUAACUAUCACCCUGCAGGACGUGGCCUAUCAGCUGGGACUCAGAAUCGACAGUGAUCCUCCUAGAGGACAGACAAUCACAGACCAAGUGGACUGUGAAGCUCACUUGGUUCCACAAUACGGUUUGCGUGAGCUGGAGCAAGACGCCACAGAGGAGCGCCUGAUGAGGUAUACGAGAGGGUACAUCAUGCAGCUGAUAGGGGAUAUCCUAUUCCCAGAUGCAUCUGACUCUCGGGUGCACAUCAAAUGGCUCCCCCUACUGGAGGACCUUGACACGUGUGGCCAGUUAUCAUGGGGCUCGGCUGUACUGGCAUGGCUAUACCGCUAG